AUGAGGUUCUCAUCUUUCAUCCCGCUCGGCCUUUCGGCCCUCGCUCUGGCAGCACCUACACCUACCAUCAAGAAGAAUGGCAUCUAUGCUCGUCAGAACGGCACCAGCUCCGGUAACUCCACCAGCAGCGAUAGCCCCAUCGGCUAUGCCAGCCAGAACGGAGGAACUACUGGUGGAGCUGGUGGCUCUGCCGUGUCUGUCUCUACGCUUGAAGAGCUCCAGGCGGCUGUCGAGGGCGACGAGGCCGCAGUCAUCACUAUCACUUCCAGCAUCAAGGGAAGCGGCGACAACGUCAAGGUCGGCUCCAACAAGUCCAUCCUCGGCAAGGACAGCUCUGUUGUGCUCGAGAACUUCACGAUCACUGUCAAGGAAGCGAAGAACGUCAUCAUCCGCAACCUUGCCAUCCAGAAGGUUGUCGGUGGCGACGCCAUCGCCGUCCAGAAGUCCGAGAACGUCUGGCUCGACCACCUCGAUGUCUCUUCUGACCGUGACCACGACAAGGACUACUACGAUGGCCUCAUUGACUUGACCCACGCUGCUGACUUUGUCACCAUCUCCAACACCAAGCUCCACGACCACUGGAAGGCCUCGCUCGUUGGCCACUCUGACAGCAACGCCGAUGAGGAUACCGGCCACCUCCGCGUAACCUACCACAACAACCACUGGGAGAACAUCAACUCCCGCGGCCCUUCGCUCCGCUUCGGAACUGGCCACUUCUUCAACAACUACUACAACGCUGUCUCCGACGGUAUUAACGCUCGUCUUGGUGCCCAGGUCCUCGUUGAGAACAACGUCUGGGUCGACAGCAAGAAGCCCCUUUACAGCGUCGACGACGAUGCCGGCGCUGUCGCCAGCGGCAACGACUUCGGCAGUGCUGAGAACACCGCCCCUGAUGGUACCCUCACCUCGGUGCCGUACACAUACGACCUCAUUGAGGCUUCUGCUGUCGAGGCCGCCGUUGUCGGCACCGCCGGUAACACCCUCACCUUCUAG